ACAGGACGCAACCACACCGCCGGUGAUUGGGCUUCCGGUUCUGACCUUUUCCCGUGAAGGCAAAGGGCUUCGUGGCCAUACUGAAAAUAUUUGUAAACUUAAAUGCCAAAACCUGGCACCCGGCUGUGUGUUUUUUUGUAGUCCGUACCCCCGUUUUACCCGAACAACCAGUGUUCGCCGAGGUAGCAGUGUGUGUGUGUGUGUGAGGGGAUCAUACCGAGCAGCGCAGCAGUGUUAGUAGAGUCAAAAUGGCGUCCGCUUGCCCACUCCACAGUCGUUUAAUCCAUCUGUGAUUAGCCUGAUAACCAGAUUCAGCAACCUGUGACCGUUUUCUACUGCUUCGGUUUCCCACAUACACAGUUGGAGCACAUUUCGGCGUCAUGUCGGACUCGGAGGAGGACAGCCAGGACAGGCAGCUGAAGAUUGUAGUGAUUGGAGACGGAGCGUGUGGGAAGACAUCACUCACCACCAGGUUUGCACAGGAGGCCUUUGGGAAGCAGUACAAACAAACCAUCGGCCUGGAUUUCUUUCUGAAGAGAAUAAGCCUUCCAGGCAAUCUGAACGUGACCCUGCAGGUGUGGGACAUUGGAGGCCAAACGUUAGGAGGAAAAAUGCUGGAUAAAUAUGUGUACGGAGCUCAUGGGGUUCUCCUGGUUUACGAUAUCACCAACUACCAGAGCUUCGAGGAUCUGGAGGAUUGGUUCAGCAUGGUGAAGAAAGCCAACGAGGAAUCUGAUAUCCAGCCUGUUGUCUCUUUGAUUGGGAACAAAAUCGACCUGGAGCACAUGAGGACAGUUAAGGCUGACAAACACCAGCGUUUCUGCCAAGAAAACGGCCUCAUAAGUCAGUUUGUAUCAGCCAAGACGGGGGACUCGGUGUAUCUUUGUUUCCAGAGAGUGGCUGCUGAGAUUCUCGGUAUAAAGCUAAACAAAGCAGAAAUAGAGCAGUCCCAGCGUGUGGUGAAGGCGGACAUUGUGAACUACAGUCAGGACACCGUGGCCAGGACAGUCAACCCACCUCGCAGCUCCAUGUGUGUGGUGCAGUGACACCCUCCAAGACACAUACGCACACACGCACACAGUCACACAGUCACACAGUCACACUUAAAGAUGUAAAAUUGUUCUUCAGUCAGUAUUCCUCUUUCAGGAUUUUUGGUGUGACUGGAUGAAAUGUGGUCAGAGUGUGUUCUCUGUAUUCCUGUGUGUCAGUUGUUCGGGCGAGAUGAAGAACAGACUGUGUGGUUUCGAGGCCUUGGCCUGUAGUUCGGAUAUUUAGCAGGAAAGAUCUCUUGGGUGGUUCACCAAAAAGGAAACGGGACCUCCGUUUUUUCAAGUUUACAUGCAGCUAUCAUUUUAUUUCUGUGAUUCAUCUUAAAUAAAUAUAAAAAAGACUUGAUUAAUGUGUUAGUAUGAAGCUGGUUGUCUAAAAGAGAAAGACAAUUGGUGUAAUCAGUCACUUCGGUAAUUGAAAAUAUUUUUAUACAUGUAUAAGUAUAUUUGCUUUGCCAUUGCUAUUAGGCAUAUUUGUUUGAAUGAUUAGAUAUGCUGCUGUAUAUUUCUAUCGAUAUCACCAUCAAUACCUGUUAAAUCUCUGUCCCUACGACUGCAGAGUGGAUUGGGUGUGAGAGUUAAUGGGACAUGAACAGGGAGGUGAAACCAAAUGUUCUCCCAUACAAUUUUCUGAUAUUCUUUUACGUCUGUGGUGCUCCUCAGUUGACCAGGAGGGAGAUAGGAGUUAAAAUGCUGUAGUGGACUGAAAUGAAUCUAUGUUUUCAAUUUGCCAAUUAGGGGCUUACACUAGCAGUGCUGUGUCGUGAACUGUGUCCUGUUAUUUUUACAUAGAAAUAUUUACAUUUUACAAUCUUAAAUCAACAUUUACAGUUUAUAUUCUUUCUUCUUCUUCAGAUAAUAUCCAAAUAAUUUACAUCCUUCAAAUAGUAUCUCCAUUCUCCAGAUAUUUCUUCUGGAGUCUACAUUUGCAUUUUGAUCAUUUAGCAUUACAUUUGUCAAAUUCCCGGAUUCGUCUUGUUAGAGGACAAUUCAGACGCUGUGUUGAUAGAUGAAUAUGACUCAGGAAGGAAGUACCUGAGUGUCAAGCUGAGCAUGAGCUGAGCUGAAAUGAAAUGUACAGCUUUUUAGUAGAGGUCUCUACAUAGCCUUAUUCAACUGUCCGUUAUAGAACAGAAGUUUGCAUUGAAGAAUGGCUAUGAGGCAUGAAAAGCUUCAUAGGAUCUUCAUUAUGACCACAUAAUAGCCUGUUUGAUGUGUAUUGUUAGAGACAGCUGAGAUAUUGUAUGUCUAAUCAGUUUUGUCAUAGUAGUUUCUGCAGUACAUGUUGGCAUGAUGGGUUUUAAUAUGUGUCCACUUACCAAAAUAUCUGCCAUAUGUGUAAAAUAUGUGUUUGUACAAUAAAAGCAACCUCUGCUCCAUUUCAAAGCUCCUGUCAUUGAUUAGAAAUGAUCAGAACGCAUUCUGUUAAUUAUGAUCAUGUAAACAAAAUACAGUUUAAAGUGAAUGUUUAGUUGAUGUUCUACAGCGACACAGAUUUGUGUUUCUAAAUAAAAAUGCUACAAGGAAAACAAGAAAUGAUCUGUGCAGUGCAAUCUGUGAGUACAUCAUUGGUGUGUGAGAUUACCUCACUGUCUCAUAAUGGAUGAUUAUUGAUAAUUGAUUUUGCCUAAUACUGAAUACUUUGGCUGGUAUCCUUGUGAAACAUGUACUAAACUGCAUUCUAUGUGGCAUUAAAGUUGACUUUGGUGAA